GUAAGCUAGGUUAGCUGUAGCGCUUCGUCGCCCGCAAGAUUCCGCCGCGCCGAGGGAUUUUAAUCCAUUCCCUUCGGUUAAAACUCAUCGUCUGCUUACGAUAGAUUUUCGUCUGACAUAUUUUACAAUGCUUGGAAAGUAAACCGUUAAUAAGUUCAGAGUUUUGGGGUCUUCCGUUUGGCGGGACAGGAGCUGCUAACAAUAGUCAUUCUACAUUAACGUUAGUUAGCUAGCCAACCCAGCUAAUACAUUUUUAGCAUCAAGACAGAUACCACGGCUGUCAUGGACGACAAAUCUUUUACCAAGGAAUUAGACCAAUGGAUCGAACAGCUAAACGAGUGCAAACAGCUGACGGAGAAUCAAGUCAGAAGUCUUUGUGAGAAGGCCAAGGAAAUUCUCACUAAGGAAUCAAAUGUGCAAGAAGUGCGAUGUCCAGUAACAGUUUGCGGGGAUGUUCAUGGGCAGUUUCAUGAUCUCAUGGAGCUCUUUAAGAUUGGGGGGAAAUCUCCUGACACCAACUACCUGUUCAUGGGGGAUUAUGUUGAUAGAGGCUACUACUCAGUGGAAACAGUCACACUUCUCGUCACAUUAAAGGUUCGGUACCAGGAACGAAUCACAAUUCUGCGAGGAAACCAUGAAAGCAGACAAAUCACACAGGUGUAUGGCUUCUAUGAUGAGUGCUUGAGGAAAUAUGGCAACGCGAACGUGUGGAAAUCUUUCACGGACCUGUUUGACUAUCUCCCAUUAACAGCACUUGUAGAUGGACAGAUAUUCUGCCUACAUGGAGGCCUCUCCCCUUCAAUAGACACUCUUGAUCACAUACGAGCCCUGGAUCGCUUGCAGGAAGUCCCACAUGAGGGUCCAAUGUGUGACCUCUUGUGGUCAGACCCAGAUGACCGUGGUGGCUGGGGUAUCUCCCCAAGAGGUGCUGGUUAUACCUUUGGUCAGGACAUUUCUGAAACCUUCAACCAUGCCAAUGGACUCACCCUUGUGUCCCGUGCCCAUCAGUUGGUUAUGGAGGGAUACAACUGGGGCCAUGACAAAAACGUUGUCACAAUUUUCAGUGCACCAAACUACUGCUACCGCUGUGGCAACCAGGCAGCCAUCAUGGAGCUGGAUGACACUCUUAAAUAUUCUUUCCUACAAUUUGACCCAGCUCCAAGACGCGGAGAGCCUCAUGUGACUAGACGCACCCCUGACUACUUCUUGUAAAUGUUCAAAGCCACCCUUGUUCAAGUACUCCACACCUAGAUUGGGGGGGGGGGGGGGGAGGAAAAAUACUGUACAAGAGGUUUAAUGAAUACAUUCUACAGAAGCUAAUGGUAUAGGAAACCUAUGAAAAAGAGAGAUCCCCCCUGCAAUUGUUUAGAAAAUGCUGUCAAUGCUGUGCUGAUAAACAUUUACAAUACCUGUUUUAAAAAAAUGUUUUUUGUUUGUUUAAUACAUGUUAAAAUGAAAUAUGUAAGUACCAACAUGGACCAAAAUGUGCCAUAUAAUCUUAAGACAUGUAAAAUUUGCCAUUUUAUUUAGAACUGCAAUAGCCUACUACUUGACCUAAACACCAUCGCUGGUCUGGGAAGAAAUGUGCUUUUGUUGCUGAAUUCCGAAUUAGAUUCCUACAAGUAAUGAAACGGUCAUUUUUAGCUUCUUAGGCCAAAUGGCAUUUAUAAAGAUGACUUGUGUGGCUGAACAUCUUGGCAACCUUAUAAUUUGAAUAAAGAUAAUGAACACAAGAUUGAA